GAGCAGCGGUCCGAAAUACGCGAUCGCUCUCCCCCUUCUCACACAAAAGCGAGAAAACCUCCUCCCGAUUCUUUCUCCUCUCCAUCCGAUUCGAACUCCUCGGAUCGCCUCUUCGAUUCGGUUCGAUUCCUCGAUCCAGCGGUUUCUUGUUACCCCUAAUCGCUUCUUUCUGCGAUAAAGACCGAUCUUUGUUCGUUCUUUUUUUUCUUUUUUUUUCCCCCUUUUUGCCUUUUUCUUCGAUUCAUGGCGGUGGUGGAUCGGUACGUGGAUCGGAGUUAGGGUUUGAGGGGUUCUUGAGAGGAGCCGGGAGCUGAAUUCUUGGAAGAGUACGAUGGAACGGAAGAAGUAUCCGAUCCGAGCGGAGGAUUACGAGCUGUAUGAAUUGGUGGGGCAGGGAGUCAGUGCGGCCGUUUAUCGAGCGCUUUGCAUUCCUUUGGAUGAGGUCGUGGCGAUCAAGAUUAUUGAAUUUGAGAGGGACAAUAGCGAUCUGAGUAGCAUCUCCCGUGAGGCACAGACUAUGCUCUUGAUUGACCAUCCUAAUGUUCUCAAGGCACAUUGUUCAUUUGUGAAUGGUCAUGACUUGUGGAUUGUCAUGCCUUAUAUGGAAGGAGGAUCUUGCCUUCAUAUAAUGAAAUCUGCCUAUCCUGAUGGCUUUAAGGAAGUUGUGAUUGCAACUUUUUUACGUGAAGUGUUAAAAGGAUUAGAAUAUCUCCAUCAUCAUGGGCAUAUACAUCGAGAUGUAAAGGCUGGUAAUAUCCUAGUUGAUGCACAAGGUGGAGUUAAACUUGGAGAUUUUGGGGUUUCUGCUUGUCUUUUUGAUUCAGGCGACAGGCAACGCACAAGGAAUACAAUCGUAGGGACGCCUUGCUGGAUGGCACCUGAGGUGAUGGAGCAAUUACGUGGUUAUGAUUUCAAGGCUGACAUAUGGUCUUUCGGAAUUACUGCCUUGGAGCUUGCUCAUGGUCAUGCUCCUUUUUCAAAAUACCCUCCAAUAAAGGUCUUUGUUAUGACUCUGCAGAAUGCCCCUCCAGGCCUUGAUUAUGAAAGAGACAGGAAGUUUUCAAGGUCUUUUAAGCAAAUGAUUGCUAUGUGCUUGGUAAAAGAUCCUUCGAGAAGGCCUUCAGCACAAAAACUGUUAAAGCAACCUUUCUUCAAGCAAGCCCGUUCCCAAGAUUACAUUGUGUGGAAGAUAUUGGAGGGGUUACCUACUCUUGGUGUUCAGCAUCAAGCUUUGAAGGACAAGGAAGAAGACUUGGUUGCGCAAAAGAAAAUGCCUGAUGGAAAGAAGGAGGAGAUAUCACAGAAUGAAUAUAAAAGAGGAAUCAGCAAUUGGAAUUUCGACAUUGAGGACUUGAAGGCUCAGGCUUCACUGAUGCCAGAUAAUGAGGAUGGCAUUCUGGGAAAUUCUUUAUUUGAACUUGAUUCUUUGCAAGAAAAAAUGCCAGAAGGGACCCAUCUUGCUCCAAGUUGCUCAUUGAAUUAUGAUGAUGAUAUGGAAAGUGAUGGGAUGGCACAUAAUAAAUCAGGUCUCCUUUCAUCACCUGAUCAAACUGCAUGUCUUCAGAGAGCCAGAUCCAAUGAAUCUGAGAGCGAGUUUAGAGAUGCUGGAACAAGUGACCAAAAUCUUCUUCAGAAUGGUUUGCCGUUCCAUGGCAAUGGGGUAGAAAACUGUACUGGUGAAAGUUACGAACCAGAUAUCAAUGUAAAGUGUGUGGAAAAUGUGCCUGUCCAGACUUGUCACGAACGGAAGUCUUCUGCAAGUUCAUGCUCAUCGGACAUUCUUCCUUCAACAAAAGGAGAGAGUUUGAAGCAAAAAAGUCUACUCCAGAACUUGGGAAAUUGCAGCGGUGGAGUUUCUCACAUAUUUAAUGAGACACCUGUUGAAGCAAUGCCUAAAGCACCCAAGUCAUCAGUACCAAGUGCUGAUAAUCUUGAUGAUAAAUCAAAGCCUCCACUUGUGCAGCAAAGGGGACGUUUUAAAGUGACAUCUGAGAAUGUUGACUUAAACAAGGCUCUUCCAUCUAUUGGCCUUCAAAAGAGUCGCAGUUUUCAGGCUAUAUCACAGCUUUCUAUGACAAGUGUACCAUCAUCAGUGGACGCUACAUCAAAUCUUUCUGCUUGUUCCAUUUUUCCACAGCUGCAUUGUAUUCUACAGGCAAAUAUUUUUGAAAGGGAUAAUAUCCUUAGUAUGAUCAAGCAGCUGAGUGCUAGUGAUUCACCAGUUUCCAAUGCUUCAACUAAUCGUUCAAUUGCGGGAGCAUCCCUAUCAUCACCUCAUAUUGUAAGCGAGAAGUCCUUGCUGGACUUUGCCCAUGAAAGGGAGAAGAAGCUGAUCCAAGAUAUCACGGACCUGCAGUGGAGGCUAAUAUGCACGCUGGAGGAGCUACGAAGGCUUAAAGCAAGGAAUGCUUAGGUCAGUAUCUGCACGUUUUAAUACAAGAGUGAGGUGUCAAUUCUGGUGUUAUUGCAGACCGCUAGUGUUCGACUUCAACUUUUCUGGCUAUUACACCGCCUCUGCACUACUACAAACUAAAGGAAAGCAUAAAGCAAGAUGGAGAAGAAAAAGCAGGUGCUUUAUCAGCCAGAGAAAAUUUUGGAAGAUAUGGAAGUCAUGAGAUUCAAAGGUUGAUGCAUCGAGAAAUUAUACCCAUGGGGUAUCUUCUGUUUUUUAUUGGAAAAUAUGUUAAUAGCGUUAGUGUUUGGGAUUCUAGGAAUUGCUCAGGAUAGAGCAAGUUGCGAUUGCUCGUGCUGGUUCAUUGGAUGUAUAUAAUUUAACAGCGUGUACCAAGAUGGUUGGCUGGCAAAAUAAUGUGUGAGAUACUUGUUUGGG